CGCAAAGCCCAAAGACAUUCGCAAUUUCUCGAAGCGAGCGUUGACGGCGCGAAUUGCUUCGCAAAUCUACCACGACGGUGCAUCCUCCGCGAUGCCUGCUGAAUCCGUGUCGCUGCCGCCCUCUGCUUCUCCCCAGGCCUCUUCCGGCGAAGCCAGCGACUAUACCCGGCUGCACAUCAGCCCCCUCGACCCCGAGUUGCUCAGAAUCGUCCUGCCCGCCGCUGUCGCCCCCAAAGCUCGCAACAUCUCGUACCACUCCAUCGAGACCUUCCCCGAGCGGCGCUACGGCUACGUCGAGAUACCCACCAUGGAUGCCGACAAACUCAAGAAGAAGCUCCACGGCUCCGUGCUGAAGGGGACGAAGCUCCGCGUCGAAAAGGCACGGCCAGAGAAGCGAACUGAGCCGACCACCGAGGCCGACAAGGCGUAUGAGGAGGAGGAGGAACGAAAGGAAAAGAGGAAGUCCAAGAAGUAUGCCGAUGCGUUGGAAUCCAAGAAGCGAAAGCGCGAUCCGGAUUUGAUCCAAGGCGUCGCCAUCAGCGACCGCAAAGUCAAGCGAGGCUGGACUGAGCCUGCGGACCAACGGAGGAAAAAGAGCAAGAAGGACAAGGAAGAGGAGAAGGACGGCAAAAAGACUGAGAAGAAGAAGCGCCUAAAGUCCAAGUACACCGAGAAGGAGGAGUGUCUGCUCAAGACCACCCUCCCUCCCAACGCCGUUGCCAACGCCACCGGUGACAACCUCCCCAAGAAGCGAAAGAAGAGAAGCAAUGUCCGUGAGGUCAUGGUGCACGAGUUCGAAAAGACUACAAAGUUCCCAAGCUUCCUGAAAGACGCGGCGCCGGAGUCGCAGUCCAAAGCAGCAACUGAGUUUGUUGAGGGCAAGGGAUGGGUUGACGCGGAUGGCAACGUGGUGGAAACUGUCAAGGCCAAACCAGUUGUGAAGCCCGCCGCUUCGAAACCCAAGAAAUCGAAGCCUGUAGUCGAAAAGGUUGUCGAGGAGUCCGAUGAUGAUUCCACUAGCAGUAGUGGCACCAGCAGCAGCGGCUCCUCUGACGAGGAAUCAGAGGAUGAGGAAGUGGAAGCAGAAGUUGCUACUGGAAAGUCCGUUCCCAACGAUGACUCGCUCACGCAACCCGAGCCCAGUGCCUCCCUCUCAGCCAUCAAACCCGACAACACGCGCCCCAUGUCCUCGAGCUCUUCGCGAAGCCUCACCAUCAAGAUACCACCUCCCCUCACCCCUUCUGCCACCAAAGUACACCCUCUCGAGGCCCUGUACAAGCCUUCCAAACCCGACACCGACGCCACCGAGACUCCCGCUCAGAAACCUCAGCCCUUCAGCUUCUUUGAUGCCGAUGCCGACGCCGAUGAAGAGGACGCCGCCGAUCAACCCGGCCCGGCCGUUCCCAUGACGCCCUUCAGCCGCCAGGACCUUGAGUGGCGAUCGACCCGUAGUGCGGCCCCGACGCCCGACACUGCGCACCCAUCGCGGAUGCGCAACUUCUGGGCGGGUGAUGACGACGACGCAGACAUGGAAGACGAUACCAUUGAUGAUAUCAUGGACGAUGAGCAGGGCGAGGAUGAAGCAGCCGCACCAGCACAGCCAGGCUCUACCGAGUUCCAGUCAUGGUUCUGGGAUAACCGUCGUGACCUAAACCGGUCAUGGAUGAGUAGGCGGAAGACGGCGUCUAAGGAAAAGCGCCACCGAGACAACAAGGCGCGGGCUUCCAAGGCGGUAUGACGAGGUGGGAGUUGGACAUAGAGGUAGAUAGUGGUUGUAAAGCUGAAAUAUCAUGACGCCAUGUAUUCGUCGAUUUGUCGACCUACUUGCGAAUAUGUCUUCUCGUCCUUCAUUAUUUAAAGUGUAAUAUUUCCCCGAGGAGUGCUAGAUGUUCAGGUAUCCAUUUACAUGCCUAUAGGUGCGGG